AAACGCAGUACAAGUGUUGAGCAGUGAAUGGCACAUUGGGUUACUCUGGCUCUCUAACUUCAUUUUUCUCUCUACCUUGGGAUCUUAAUCUUUUUGGGUACAUAUACCGCCCCUUGAAAUGCCUUCACAGGUUGCUAAAAUGGUAAAAAACUCAGUACCAGAAGAGAGGUGCAUGCGUUUCUGAGUCGAGCAUCAUUCCAAGCUUUCACCAAAUCAUGGUUUUCUGAUUGCAAGAUUUUCCCCAUUUUAGGAGUGAAGUUUCUUGGUCAUUGUUUCUCUCUCUAGACCCUGCUCCAAUGGCUCUUUUUCCUUCUUGGGGUAAAAGUUCUUACUAUUGUUUCUCUCUCUAGACCCGGCACCCCUGCAAAACUGAGUGGUAAUUGCACUCUGUAUGGCCGUGGUCCUCUGAGUGCUCGUGUUCCCUACAGUAGUAAAUCUCUCUCUCUCUCUCUCUCUCUCUCAAUCCCCCUAUAGUAGUAACUUCUCUCUCUGUCUAAAAUAGCAGUAAAGCUCUCUCUUUCUUAAUAUUAGUAAAGCUCUUGAUUCUCUCUCUACAACAGCGUUGAAGUUCGUUGCUCUCUGUCGCCCUCUAUCUACAGUAACACUGCACUUGGUUCUCUCUCUAAGUUGCAGUGCUCUCGGCUUUCGUCUCUCUCAACAGUAGCAUUGCGAUUUCUCUCUCUAAAAUAGCAUAGCAUUGCACGUUCUCUCUCUAAAAUAGCAGUGAAAUUCUCUCUCUACCGUAGCAGUGCACUCGUCUUUCUCUGUCUUCCAUUGGGUUUGCAAACUUUCUCUCUCAUGAAUCACACAAGCGACCUCUACAUGAUGCCCCUCACUUGGCCCGAACCCGCCUCGCACUGGGAAAACACCAACCCUCUCCUCUCAACACAACCAGAAAACCACUUUCUUUCUCCGUUCUCCACAUUUGGGGCCUCAGAAACCUCUAUCUACAACACAUUUUUGAAGAGAGAGAGUGGAUUUGAGGGCGCAGGCAUGAGGAGCAACGGCCUGGGCCUCAACUUGGGGCAGAGGACUUACUUCUCGUCGAGCGAUGGGGGCGUUAUUGUGAGGAGGAACUCGAGGGGCUUGUUUGGUGGUCCCGUGGUUCCACGGUGCCAGGCUGAGGGGUGUGGAAAUGAUUUAACAAAUGCAAAGCAUUAUCACAGGAGGCACAAGGUUUGUGAGUUUCAUUCGAAGGCGACGAGGGUGAUUGCUAAUGGGCUUGAGCAGAGGUUUUGUCAGCAGUGUAGCAGGUUCCAUGUUUUGGCGGAAUUUGACGAAGUAAAACGCAGUUGUAGGAGGCGCCUUGCGGACCACAAUCGGCGAAGGAGAAAGAAUGGAUCAGAUAAGCUUGGUGAUGCCACCAAAAAUUCAAUUGUUUCAAAAGCAAUUGUGGGUUCAGUCUCCAAACUAGAAACUGAGAGCCCCCAAAAGGCUACUGCCUCUGCACCCCUGUCCCUUAGCCAAGAGUCAGCCACUUUUGCAGAAGAAGCUCAUCACUUGUUCCAAUUCCAAUCCAUUCUAUUACCCAACAAAAACUCAAACCUUAAAACCACUAGACUUCCCUAUGCUUCUUCUUCUCCGAUUCAAAAUCUCUUGUUCAAUGAGAGCACAGGCUUUAGAGCUGAUAAUGGCCUUCUUAGCCACCAUAGCUUCACAACCCAACAAGAAGAUGACCAAAAGGGAGAGGUUCAAGGGCUCGCAAACCUCGGUCACUCGAUAUUCAAGGUGCAGCUAUGAUGAGAGAGAAGGGGGUAUGAAUGUGUCAUGUAGAGAGAGAGAUGGUCAAGUGAGAAUACUUAGGACAGAGAUAUAUAGAAUUGGAGGGAGAGAGAGAGUGAGAUGGGUCAUGUCAGAUCCUUGUAGAGAGAAAGGACCAACGAAUUUUGAGAGAGAGAGAGAGAGACUUGGGGUCAUGUCAGCACUGUGUGAAUGGCCCACAUCUUUUGUUUUUCUCUUUACUUUGCAAAUUCCAUUUUCUACUUUUCCCUGUAUGGUUAUUUAUGCCUUAGAUGCUACAAGAAGUGGAAGAGAGGGAGAGAGAGCCAAAACACCCUUUUUCCUGCAAGUCUUUAUGGUAGCAAAACAAACGCCGAGCUUGGCCUUUGAGAAACCUAGAGAGAAAGAGAGAGAGAGAGAGCGAGCUUCUAGUGAAGUGUGCUAAAAACUCUGCACUUCUUUGUUGCACAAAAGCUUGUGCAAUGGCGUUUUGAUUUCUCCUAAGGUUUUUAGUUUUGGCCUGGUAACCUUUUUGUAUGUACGUCAGCCUAUUGCUCUUCUUCUGAAAAAAAAUAUAAUAAAAAA